AUGAGAGCUGGAAAUAAAUCAGUUGUGACUAAGAGAUCACCUUUUCCGAAGGUGAAGUUGCAACUCAACGGGUUUGAGGAAUCUAAUAAGGAAGUCUUUCUCCUUCAUGAGAGAAACCUGAAAGAGCACAGAGAGAGACUUAAGAAAAUCAUGCAACAGACAAUGAAAGUUCACUCAAUUCGGAAGGACCAUAUGCAUAGGGAACGAUAUUUGGCUAAUAAGACCAAGAUCCAUAGCCUUGCAUUAAACCAAAAGAAAUCUGAUAUUACCAAGGAGAAUAACAUCCUUUUUAACAAACUGUUAGAUAUUUCAAUGGGAAAAAUGUCUAAUUUACCUUUUGUCUCAAGUCAGAAAAAUAGUUCUUUCCAAAGAAAUUGCAAAAAUCCAAAGUAUAUGAGAACGAGUAGCAUGAAUGCUUCUCCAUCAGGAAUGAAUUUACAUAAUAGCAAAGUUGGCCCUCUCUCUAGUCUCCCUAAUGAUUGAGACAUUAGUAGUCUAAACUACACAACUAGAAAAUUAGAGAAGCAACGGAUUGACAAGGAGAACCUAAAAUUAGCAGCAAAGCUACUUUCUACAAAAUCAAGGCUGAAUAAAAAUAAGCUCUUAGAUGAUUAUAAGAAGAACUUGAAGUACAAAAAAUUAAGGAGCAGGAGACAUUUCCGAUCAGAGACUCCAAAAAAAGAUAAACUACCACCUGUGAAGAGAAGGUUGAUUAUCAGAGAGGAAAAUUUUGAUAUAGAUAACAUUAAAGUUAAUUCAGACUUAUCAAUAGACGAAGAUGGAGGAAAAUCUGAACUAAAGAAUGUCACAAGCUCACUGAAUAAAUCUGCAAUCGCAAAAUCCUCCAUCAAAGGUCUUGAAAACUACAUAAGCCCUCAUGAAAAAUAAAGUCCGAAAAAUGAAAGCAAAGAAACGGUACAGAAACGAAAUCAGAACCGGCCCUCAUUCCCCUCGCCAAAUAAACUUCCCCAAAAGUGUGCUUAAAUCCAAGAAAGACCACCUCUCCAUCUACAGCUCAGAAACUUCAACUCUAAGGAAAAAGAAAUCUCCCGCUCCAAAGCCCAAGUCAAAGUCAAAGUCAAAGCCAAAGCCAAAAUCUAAAUCUAAAAAUUAUCCUUAUCAAUAA